AACACUGCCACCUAACGGUCGUUGAGGUGAAAAGCACACUGCGCCUGCGCGGAUUACUGGACAAGAUGGCGACCAGCAAUGGUGGAGGAAUGGAAGUGGAUGGGGCAGCCAGCCCCAGUGUUAUGGCUGCAGGCGUCACCGGCAGCGUGUCUGUGGCCUUACACCCUCUGGUGAUCCUCAACAUAUCUGACCACUGGAUACGCAUCCGCUCUCAAGAGGGACGUCCAAUGCAGGUUAUUGGCGCCAUGAUCGGGAAGCAGGAGGGGAGAAACAUCGAGGUGAUGAACUCCUUUGAGUUGCUGUCCGUCACCAUAGAUGAUCGGGUACACAUUGACAAGGAGUACUACUACACCAAGGAGGAACAAUUCAAACAGGUCUUUAAAGAGAUGGAGUUUUUGGGCUGGUACACCACAGGCGGACCCCCCGACGCAUCAGACAUCCACAUUCACAAGCAGGUGUGUGAGAUCAUUGAGAGCCCUCUCUUCCUCAAGCUCAACCCCUUGACCAAACACACAGAUCUUCCUGUCAGUGUUUAUGAAUCUGUGAUUGACAUCAUCAACGGCGAGGCUACCAUGUUGUUUGCUGAGCUGACGUACACUCUGGCCACAGAGGAAGCGGAAAGAAUCGGUGUCGACCACGUAGCUCGAAUGACCGCCACCGGCACCGGAGAAAACUCAACAGUGGCUGAGCACCUCAUAGCCCAGCACAGUGCGAUCAAGAUGCUCCACAGCCGGGUGAGGAUCAUCCUAGAGUACGUCAAAGCCGUGGAAUCAGGAGAGGUGCCAUUUAAUCACGAGAUCCUCCGAGAAGCGAACGCCCUCUGCCACAGAUUGCCGGUCCUCAGCACCAUCAAAUUCAAAACAGACUUCUAUGAUCAAUGUAAUGACGUGGGUCUCAUGGCCUACUUAGGCACCAUCACUAAGACCUGCAACAGCAUGAACCAGUUCAUCAACAAGUUCAACGUCCUGUACGACAGACAGGGCAUCGGCCGCAGGAUGAGAGGACUCUUCUUUUGAGCUGACAGCGAAACGAGGCAGAGACAUGCGCUGCAGUUUCUUUUUGGUUUGUUUCAUUUUUGGUUAGCUAAAACAAAUUCUACAGGAUCUUCUCAAACCUGUUUCUCAUUUUCAACCACAAGUGUAAUGAAAAGCACUUAAUUACACCGAUCAGUAAGAGAAAAUGGCUCAAGUCUGUCUUGGUUAUGCACAGGAAUGAGUUCACUGUACAUGAACGUUAUAUAUAUUACCCGUUUGUUAUAUUGUUUCAUGUUUCUGUAUGUAAUAAAUGAUCUGCUGACUUUUUUCA